CCAACAUGGGAAAUAACUAAAUAUUAUGGAAGAGUGUGUAUAUAUCAAUUAAAAUGUUUAAAAUAUAGAGUUCAAACAAGUGAAGCAUGGUUUAAUUUCAAGUGCAAGUUUAUGCCUGGUACUUUGCACAAAGAAUUAGAAUGUGAAGAUUAUACUGAACCUAAAGUUAACAAUGAAUCCAAACAACAGAAAGAACAAUUAAAAGUGUUGUAUGAGACAAAAUUGCAAAGUAAAGUUCAAUGCAAUUCAGAGGAUUAUAAACGUGCACCAACCUCGUUUAAUGACUUAAAGGAUUACAUUAUUAAUGAAUUUGUAGCAAGUUCAAAGAACCAAGAAAAACAAGAGAAUAAGAAACAUCAAGAAAAUAGCAAAUGUUCUAUACACGAGGAUGUGACAAAGAAAGAAAAAAAAGUAGAAUUUAAUUGCAAAUCUUUGCUACCGACGAAUCCUUCUUUUUUCAAUAAAAACAAAAACUUUAAUUACAGAUGAAACACAGUCAAUGACUUUUAUGAUAGACAAGAAGAAUUUUUGACUUGGAAACUCUGUGGUAUUCCCUCAAAAUUACAAAAAAAAAAGUGUCAGAAACUUUUUUCCUUUAUUAAUUGUAUUUGUAAU